GCUAGCUUCACGGCUAGUUAGCUACUUGUAGGAGCAGCGUAUAUAUCGGAGUCGAUUAACGUUACCUAACCAGCAAUUAGCUAAACGUUUUCUCCCUCUGGUGACUGUCCGCAGCAGCCAUGGACGAAGAAACCCACCCCAAAACCCUGUAUGUGGGAAACCUCUCCAGGGAUGUCACGGAAAUUUUGAUUCUGCAACUCUUCACCCAGAUAGGGCCUUGUAAAAGUUGUAAAAUGAUCACAGAGCACACAAGCAAUGACCCCUACUGCUUCGUGGAGUUCUUUGAACACAGAGACGCUGCUGCAGCCCUUGCAGCCAUGAAUGGGAGGAAGAUAUUAGGAAAGGAGGUCAAAGUAAAUUGGGCCACCACUCCAAGCAGCCAGAAGAAAGACACAUCCAAUCACUUCCAUGUUUUUGUGGGUGAUUUGAGCCCUGAGAUUACCACUGAGGAUGUCAAGGCUGCAUUUGCACCUUUUGGGAAAAUCUCGGAUGCCCGUGUUGUGAAGGACAUGACGACAGGCAAAUCAAAGGGGUAUGGAUUUGUGUCCUUCUACAACAAACUGGAUGCAGAGAAUGCCAUCGUUAACAUGGGGGGACAGUGGCUUGGAGGACGCCAAAUCAGGACCAACUGGGCUACGCGAAAGCCACCAGCUCCAAAGAGCGCUCAGGACAACGGCUCAAAGCAGCUGAGGUUUGACGAUGUAGUGACUCAGUCCAGUCCACAGAACUGUACUGUGUACUGUGGAGGGAUCCAGUCAGGACUAUCUGAACAUUUGAUGCGACAGACCUUCUCACCGUUUGGUCAGAUAAUGGAAAUUAGAGUUUUCCCAGAGAAAGGAUACUCUUUCAUCAGGUUUUCCUCCCAUGACAGUGCUGCUCAUGCCAUUGUUUCAGUAAAUGGCACAGCUAUUGAAGGACACAUGGUGAAGUGCUACUGGGGCAAAGAAUCUCCUGACAUGGCUAAAAAUCCACAGCAGGUUGAAUAUGGUCAGUGGGGGCAGUGGAAUCAGCUCUAUGGGAAUCCUCAACAGCAGUAUGGGCAGCAGCAGCAGCAGCAACAGCAGCAGCAACAGCAGCAGCAGCAGCAGCAGUAUGUGACCAAUGGAUGGCAAGUUCCCUCCUACAGCAUGUAUGGCCAGACAUGGAACCAGCAAGGAUUUGGAGUAGAGCAGUCCCAGUCACCAGCCUGGGUGGGAAGUUUUGGAUCCCCGUCAGCUCAGGCUGCAGCCCCGCCUGGUUCAGUCAUGUCUAACCUGGCCAACUUCAGCAUGGCUGGCUACCAAACACAGUGAGCCGGCCAUAACCUAAGUCUAUUACCAAGAGGAGUUUGUCAACCCUUUUAGACUACACAGCACUCUUUCAUCUGCACAGCUGCUGUGGUAAAAGAAGGACGGGGGCCAUAUUCACAAAGCCUUUGUAGCUAAUAGUUGCUCCGAAACAGUAAUUUUUUAAAUGAUAGUGUUCAUUUCACUCUGAACUUUUUAAAAGUUUAUUUGAUGAUAAUUCAUAGUUUUGUUAUAGAAAAGUGCUCUUGGGCUUCUGAAGUAAAGCCAAACCAACUGUCUUUGUCAAAGUAGAUGUUACCAGCUUUUUGAAUGUUUGACCCUCUGGAAACUUUACGCAGCAUGUGACGAGAGGAUUUGCAGUGAUAACAUUGGUCACUAGAAAGCAAUCUACCAAACAAAGAGAGCAUUUAAUACCAUUCCUCUCAUCACACAUUGAGUAAGUUGACCAUAGGGUCAAAACCUGUGUAGUUCCCCUCUCAAAUUCAAAGUUGGAGCAAAAACAUCAAGUGUGAAAAUGAACGUACAUAGAACCAGAAUGAUUGAGUCCUUUCAGUGGAGCUAAAAGCACACGUACUACAAGCCAUCGUUUAUCUCCAGCAUCUCACUGGAGUAUGACAAUGAUUCAAGUCCUUUUAAACCUCAAACUUUAUAAAAAAUUAAUAUUGAAUUAUUAAACUAUAGCAAUAUCUGCUCUCAGUUUGCCAAUAUGUUUAUAAUGUUUCAACAUAUUCUAGGGAAAAAUUGUUUGUUACUGACUUGUCAAAAUGUUUAUUUCCUUGUCAUACUUGGGAUAUUUUUUCUGUCAUUUUAUACAAUAGAUGACAAAAUUUCAAGUCUUCAAGUAUUGAUUAAGUUAAUGUUUGUAAUAUAUGCCUGUUUUUAAAAUGGCACACAAAGAUGACGGAGAUGUUGUACAGAUCAAGAGGACUUGGCGGGCCACAAUGAAUUUGUGUUUAAAAACUGCACUGAGCCACAAAAACCUAUUAACCGUUGGUCUGUGCUUAGCUUCAGCCAAUAGCUACAAAUUCAGUCUCAUUUUGAUAUAUUAAUAAAAAUGCUUUGUGAAUAGAGGCCCUGCGACGGUAGUUUACCUUUCCAGUACAUGUGAAGAAACUCAUCUUAUUUGUAUAAACAACUGUGGCUUUAAUAGACAUUUAAGCACGUGUUGGUAACUCUUGGGUAAACUAUGUACAAAAAAUAUUUUACCUUCAUAGCUCUAAAAGACAAAAAAAAAAUUAGAUUUUUUUAAAAAUAUUGGAGUGAUCAGCAUGUUCUUUGCAGACCUUUGAUGGAUUUUAGUUUAGUUGACCUUGAUGUAGCCUAGAUUGGACUAAUUUAUAAUCCUGUGUCUCAUGGCAAAGGAAGUGCUACAUGAUAUGCUCACUGUAUAAAUAAAAUGUUGUAAAAAAAGAUCUUAAUAACGCCCAAACUUUGUAAACAUAGUUUGACUCUGUAUGCUGAUUCUGGGCUGGUUUCCUAGAGGAAUAUUAAAUCUUAAAUAUUUCCUUCCUUUUGUACGACGUAGUGUUAGGUCCACAUGAGGAGAAAAAAAACUUAAACUUAACGACUUAAAUGUCAACACGCUGAGAUUAAAGUCAGCAUGAUCUUUCAACUUUAUUCUCUACAUUUUGAGUUUAAUGUCGAAGUGCUGACAUUAAAGUUGUCAUGUUGAGUUUUUAAAAAGAAAAAAAGUUUUUCCGCAUGUGGCCCUAUUACUCCGUUGUACUUUUGCCUUCCUCUUGUUAACCUCACUUAAUUUAUAGUCAUUUCUUUCAUAUGACUGUAAGAGUUUUGCAAAGAUUCAAACUUUAAUUUAGCAGCAAAACUGGCCCCUUAUUAUAUUGCA